AUGUCGGUCCCGGACUACUCCACCGGCGGCGCCAUCGUCUCCUGCGCCUCCGUCACCAAGCUGAAGCCGCAGCGCAACAGCAAGCGACGUCGACACCACUGCUCGUCGCCUGCCGCUUCAUCCUCCUCCUCACACAGCAGCAGCAGCACCACCACACAGAAAGAGGAGGAGGAAGACGAGGAGGAGGACAUGGCCAAAUGCCUCAUCCUCCUCGCUCAGGGCCCCGCCGCCGCCGUUGAGCCAGCAAGAGUAAUGCCGGCACCGGCACCGGCACCGGCACCGGCACCGGCACCGGUACCCGCCAGCAGGCCAAAGAGCACGAGCCGCAGGUUCUUCGCCGCCGCCGAGGCCGGAGGUGGCGUGUGCGUGUCGUACGAGUGCAAGACGUGCAACAAGUGCUUCCCCUCCUUCCAGGCCCUCGGCGGACACCGCACCAGCCACAACAAUGAUAAGAAGCAGCAGCAGCAGCAGCCGCGACGGCCGGAGGAGGCGGCUGCUGCUGUCACCACCACGCUUAGCCUGCGCACAGCUGCAGCGGGGACCGACGCAGCAGCUGCAGCGGCGACGAGGCCGGCGCACGAGUGCUCGUCAUGCGGCGCGGUGUUCGCGUCCGGGCAGGCGCUCGGCGGGCACAUGAGGCGCCACCGGCCGCUCACCACCAGCUCGUCGGCCGUAGCGACGCCCGAGAGCGUGAUCACCGCCACGGGGAGGGGGGACCAAGACAGUAGCAAGCUGCUGCAGGAGGGCAACAUCAACCUGGAGCUGGACCUCAACCUGCUGCCAGCGCCGUCGACGGAGCAGGAGGUGACAUCCCCGGCAAAGCCGCCAUGCCAUGAACCAGCAGUUCAGUUGAUGCAUGCUUUGUCUCGCCACUAG